ACUAGCGAAAACCCUAGCUCGUAGAUUCUUGUUGGGAUCUGUAAUCUUCUGUAGAUCUUCUCGGAUCAAAUUAUCAAACUAAUUCCCAUCAAUUCAAGAAUGUGUCAUCCUUCCGUGAUUCUCGCAACGGCUAGCUACGAUCGUACCAUCCGAUUCUGGGAAGCCCAAACCGGUCGCUGUUACCGGACCAUUCUCUAUGCUGCUUUGCCUAAAAACGAGCUCGCGGAAGGCCGAGGAAAGCCUCGGCAUGUAAAUAGGCUCGAGAUAAGCCCAGAUAAGCGUUACCUAGCAGCAGCUUGCAAUCCUUACAUUCGACUCUUUGAUCUCAAUUUCAGUAAUCUACAUGUGAGGACUUUUGCUUCACACACCAGCAAUGUUAUGGCACUUGAAUUUCAACGUGAUGGCAGAGUGAUGUAUUCAGGAUCAGAAGAUGGCACAGUUAAGACGUGGGACAUGAGGGCUCCCAAUUUCGUAAGGGAGUAUGAAGCGAAUUGUUGCAUAAAUGAUUAUGAAAAUGAUUGCGCAGUUAACUCAAUUGUUUUACACCCAAAUCAGAAUGAAUUGAUAACUGGAGACCAAAACGGAGCUAUAAGUGUAUGGGAUCUCAGAGCAGAUUCGUGGAGGCUUGAACUGAUACCAGAAGGUGCUAUACCUGUACGGUCUUUAAGCGUUAUGUCGGAUGGAACAAUGUUGGUUGCUGCUAAUGACCGUGGCACAUGUUACGUAUGGAGCAUGUUGCGUGGAAAUCAGAUGAUGACCGAGUUUGAGCCCCUUCAUAAGCUACAAGCUCAUGAUGAGCCCAUCCUAAAAUGUCUUCUAGCUCCUGAAAAAAAAUAUCUAGCGACCGCAUCAUCAGACAAAACUGUCAAAAUAUGGAACGUCGAUAAUUUCAAGCUAGAGAAAGUCUUAACAGGACAUCAAAGAUGGGUCUGGGACUGCGCCUUCUCAGCGGAUGCAGAAUUUCUUGUAACCGCAUCAUCGGACAUGACAGCUAGAUUGUGGUCCAUGAAAACGGGAAAAGACGUGAGAGUGUUCCAAGGUCAUCACAAAGCCACUGUGUGUUGUGCACUCCGUGAUUUUUAAUUAAAUCCUGAUUAAUAAUCAAGCAGAUUGAAACUAUGAGCAAAUCAUGAUUGUGUUGUAACUGUUGUUUGUGUUUUAGAAAACUCUUGUACAUUUCAACCGGAACCGUUCUUAUUACGGGUCUGAUCUCA